ACCAGGCCAGGGGCGCGGCCAAGACGCCCUCCCGAGGCCCGGGGCCGCGUUCCCAGCUCUUCAGUGCCCUACCCUCCUGGGCUGCGCUGGGGGCAUAUUGCGCCUGCACCCUGCCACAUUCACAGAAGGGCUCUCCCGGGGGAUGGGGCGGAGGUAUGGUGCGAACACGCUGAGCCAACCUCCCUCCCCAGUCGGUCAACCCCAUUCAUUGAUUCUCUCAGCGAGUUCAUUCAACAAGUGAAAACUGAACGCCUACUACGUGCCAGGUACUAUGCUUAGGCGGUCACCGUUUCUGGCGACCGCACCGUGCCUAUGAUAGCCACAGGCCCCGAGGCCUGAGGAGGGUCUCAUCCCAGCAGGCCUGGUGGAGUAGGAAGACCUGGGCCAUGCCACCCUCUACGGGUAGUCGCGGAAAAGCCCUGGGAAGAACCAGGUGGAAAGGGAGGACGAGCCCUUUAAGAAAGCUUUACAGACGGGGUGGUGACAGGCACCGAGUGAAGCGCCACGUGACUUUUCUAUUGACGGUGGGAGGAGCGCGCUCCUUUUAUAAUCGGCUCGCCUUCUCCCACCCUCCUUCCCUUUGCACCAAUCAACUUCCGCAAUGGGCGGGAGAGCGCUGCAAAUACAACCAAUCACGGCCGGAGAAGACAGUGGGGUGGGGGUGGAGGCGGGACCCGCCGCCAGCCCCACCCCGCGCGGGAAGCGGGCGGGGCCUCCGCGAGAGUCGCGUCGGCUCGCGGGCGGGGACGAGGUGAAUGGAGCUGCAGGCUUGUGGGCUCGCCACGCCGAGCCUCCACCCCAGCUGGAGGGAGCCGGGCCGGAGGGCUGGAGAUGUACUGAAGGGAGAGGAGGGCCUCUGGAACCCCGACGAUUGAGCUUCACUGACCGGAAGGCACGAGGAAGGGGGGCCCAGGAGCAGCCCCCCGCCACGCCGCCGCCCCAGCCUUCCUUGCGCAGGGUAGCCUACCCUAAGGGUUUCUCAGGCCCUAGGGCUGCCCCAGAGGAGCGGGGGUCUCUCCCGCAGGCACGCUCCCGGAAGGCCCAGGGCACUGCAGACUGCAGCCGGAAGAUGGUUCUGUCACCCGGGACUCCAUGCCCAGAGACGGGAAAGGAGAAAUGGGGCCUCUGACUUCCACUGGGGUUGCUGGGAGAGCCUCCUUCCCUGGGGUCUAGGCCCAGAUUCUGCCCUGCUCCUUGCUGACAUGGAUGUGACCCGAGUAUGGUGCUUGUCUCUCUGGGCCGCAGUUUUCACCCCAUAGGAGAGUGCUGCACGGUGCCCAGCCAAGCCCGUCACAAAUCUGUCCUGCUGCAAGUACUUCUCGGAGGUUAGGCCCUUGGACGGCGGUCCAGGGGCAGGUUGUCGGGCAAGGAGGCAGCACGCAGAAAAGAAGCGGGAGCCGACCCACAAGGGAGGGGCCCUGCCGGCCAUUCCUGGGCAGGCUUGCAGGGCCUGCGGGGGCGGAGGCUACAACAGUAUCUGUGAGGAACUGGCCACACCCUCACUAGUG